CAAGGGGAGGAGAGAAAACAGAGCUGGCGCGCGAAGGCUGAGCGCCCAGGCAGCCAGAGCCCAGAUCGGAAGAGCCGAGGCCGGGCAGAGGGGUCCGUGGGCUCUGGAGGUGCUGGACGGGUGCGAUCCGAGAGCAGACCGGGGCCCUCGCGAGCCUCUCCCGGCCCCUGCCCGCGAUGAGCGAGGCCAACCGGCUGUGCUCCGGCUACUACAGCCUCAACCAGAGCUUCGUGGAGCCCUUCCAGUGCCCCCGGCGCGGCGAGGGGGCCGCACUCCAGUACUGCUGCGGCUUCGCGGACCUCAAGUACUGCUGCAGCGAGCCGGGCAGCUACUUCCCCUACAAGCACAGCUACAUGUGGAGCCUCAGCAUUGGUGCCUUGAUUGGACUAGGAAUUGCUGCCCUUGUUUUACUUGCCUUUGUCAUCAGUGUCUGUGUCCUUUGCUAUUUAUUUCUGUAUACAAAACCUCAAAGAUUAGACACUGGCCUUAAGCUUCAACAAUUAGAGGCUUCUUCCACUCAAGAAGGCAAGUCAAAUGGAAAAACCAAAGCCCUCAAUUCAAAUGCAGCAUCAAAUGCAACAAAUGAAACAUACUAUGAAGCUGAUGAUAUAAUUCAAGAAAAAACAAUGGAUGCAACAUAAAUCCACAUUGCUUAUUAACUAAAAAUUCUGUGUUUUAAGUGCUUACUGAAGAGAUGGGGCAAGAAAAAUAAAGCAUGCAUUUGAAACGGUUUGUAAUAGUGCUUUUCAAAAAUUCGUCACUCACAAAGCAAGACACAGCUGCAUUUUUGGUCAUUCAGUUACUUUAUUAAACGCACAUUAAGGUUUUAUUGGUUUUCCUUUGUAUAAAUUUACUUUUAUUUGCUAAUUAAGAUGUUUCUGUAUCACAUGAGAUUAUGCUAAUUAUUCAGGAGAAAUUAAAUAAUUUAUCAAUAACAAGAUAAGCAAUCCUAUCUCAGUGAAGAACAAUGAGAAGUUUAUGUCACAUUAUCAGCAUUUCUCAACUUUCUGAUACUUACAGGCAGUUAUUCUUAUGAGAUGGUACUGGAUAGGUAAAUAUCAGGGGAACUGUCUUAUAAACUAGAGGUGACUUGUUCUUAAGUCUCUUAGAAGUCAACCCACAUCUUUUUAGAUUUUUCUGGGCACAAACAAUAUAUUCAGUAACAAAAAAAUCAUAAUGUAUAAUCUGUACAAUAUUUUGUUUCAAGAGAUAAGCAUAACAAAAAAUCCUUGGCUGAUAUAUUUCCUAAAUAAUCUGUAUAAUGAAAGCUACAAAACAAAUGAGUUCCCUGGUCCCACCUAAUGCUAUCACAUUAAUAUCACCUAGAAAUCUAGAAAUAAAACUAAUUUCUGCAAAUUAUAAUUUUUAAAGAUUUUUAUUCAUAAGUGUUUUCUAUUAUAACACAGACCUGGUUUUGUAAUAGAAUUCAACAGAAAAAAAAAAGGGAACGAUUUUAAGCAGCUCUACUGAGCAUAUCUACUAUGUCCUGUAAAGUUUUUGUAGUCAGAAAACUAGCAUUUCAGACAAGAUCUGGCAUAUUUAGGGUGGUAUGGCCAUAGCCAAAAACUAGCAUUUCAAAAUGUGCUGAAUACAGCUUCUCUGGUCUGAUAUAUAAAAAAGAAUACCUUAUUUUUCUUGGGCAUGCAAAGCUCAGGGUUACAAACUUUUCGUCAUUAGCCUGUCAAAAUUUCUACCAAGAACUAAGGUUAUCUUCUAGACGAGAACUAACAGAAAUUUCUGUGAUGAUGGAAAUGUUCUUUCUAUAUCCGCUCUAAUAUGGUAGCCACCAGUCACAUGUGGCUACUGAGCACUUAAAAUGUGGCUAAUGCAACUGAAAAAAUAAAAUUUUUCAUUUAUUUAAUUAAUUUAAAUAACGCUAUGUGGCUAUACUGGCACCAUAGUUCCAGAUCACUAUUGCAACAACCUACUGCCAAAGUUGAACUUCACAUUCAAAAAGACAAUUUUGCAAAUGUUUAAAUAUUAAAAUUGCUUAAAGUAUAUGUUAAGUUUGAAAAUUAAGACAUUUCCAUUAUAAAAAUGACAUUUUACACGGCCAUAAAAACAAAGAAUUUUCACUUAUUUUUUGUGAAAGUUCAUAAAGCUUUUAUGGGUGCUUCUUGAUCUUUGAUACAACUUUGAUUUUAAAGUAUCCCAGAAAAUUUGCUAUCUUGAUAUACAGUAACUUAAUAAUAUUACCAUAUUGUCUCAGGUGAAAAUCUAGGUUGAGAAAAAUUUAGUUAAGGCACUGGCACCAUUCUACUUUUGUUGCUCAUGGGCAAGGACUAUAAAUGGCACAAGAAGCAGGAAACAAGACAGAGCUAGCAAAAAUACUCACUGCCCCAACUCCUCCCAAUUUGUGAGAAAGGCAUAGUGGGGUCAGGCAUGACUGGAUGCAUCAUGGGUUGUGCUAUAGAAAUGAAACCCCAAUUCUCUGCCACUCUACCUAUUUUUAGAGGAGUUGGGAGGAGAUAUUGAGAUCAGAAGACUGGCCUUCGCAACUGGGAUUAUUGUCACACUGGCAUAAGAAACCUACUGUUCUUGGGCACCCAAUGUCCAGGAAGUUUUGGUCUCAGCACUAGGAUCAGCUGGAGUCCUUGAAGCACUCCCUGCUGAGCUAGCUUAUCACUAGGUUACCUGAGGUAGAACCACAGGGCUCAUCCAGUGGACCAACUGGUAUGUCUCUCUGUAACUCUGAAGCAGUUGUGCUUCACAGGUUAAGCCAAAUUUUAAAAGUAAGGGGCCUUAUUAAAUUACAGCACAUUUUGUACACUGAAAAAUAUUCUAAAUGGUUUUUUUGGACCUAACAAAUAUUAAAAUAGUGAUAGAAUUUAAGUCAGUCAAAAAUAACCUAAAAUACAAUUAAGAACAAAACACAUCUCAAAGUAUGUACAUGUACAUAUAACUCUGGGGAUGGAUCUAAUAAAGAAUACAGUAGCUUUAUGUGUUUUUAGAUGAUUUAGGUUACUGUGUAAUUUUUGGAAAUGAGACCAUAGAAAGAAAUGUGAGUCUAAUAAUACAGCCUAAAAUAAUCAAAUUAUAUUUUAUGUAGCCUUCUAAUGAAAGCAAUUUCAUCUUUUAAAAAUGGUGGGAUUAAUCGGAUUAUGAAAUUGAUAAAACCAAACCCUAAUAAAAGUCAUUUGUUUCCUUAAAACCUUUUUUUUUUUUUGAGAUAGAGUCUCGCUCUGUUGCCCAGGCUGGAGUACAGUGGUGUGAUCUCAGCUUACUGCAACUUCCACCUCCUGGGUUCGAGUGAUUCUCCUGCCUCAGACUCCAGAGUAGCUGGGAGUACAGGUGCCUGUCACCACGUCCGGCUAAUUUUUGUAUUUUUAGUAGAGACAGGGUUUCGCCAAGUUGGCCAGGCUGGUCUUGAACUCCUGAACUCAAGUGAUCCGCCCACCUCGGCCUCUCAAAGUGCUGGGAUUACAGGCGUGAGCCACUGUGCCCGGCCCCCCUUAAAACUCUUUAAUGGUGUCUCAUUGCUUACAGAUCACAGUUCAAGCUCCUAAACACGGAACACACGACUCCUUCCUCCUGUUCCUAAGAACUUAAAAUGGUAGUCUCAAUUCUUACCACUGCCUGCCUCGCCUAUGAUACACCAGCAACACCAGAUUGCUUGUAAUUCUUGACAAACACAAAACACAGCUCGUUUUACAUCUGGUAUUUGUUCACAGUACUCAAUCUGUCAGGAACUGCCAUAACCCUCAUUCUUAUCCUUAAUCAAAUUGCAAUUCAGUCACUACUUUCUCUAGGUAGCCUCUUCUAAUUUAUCCAGACUACAUUAGGUACCCCUGAGUUUCUAUAAACUCAUGUUCAUGUCAAUUACUGCACUAAUUAUCUAACGGUGUAUGCUCUGGUAUUUCUCCUACCAACUACACUAUGAAGUCCUUCAGGGAGGCAAAUGUGUCUUACUUAUCUCUGUAUCCCCAGGACUUAGCACAGCAUUUGCCAUGUUAGGUACUCAAUAAAUAUUUGUUGAAGAAAGGAUUCAAUAGCAUUUUUAUCAACAUUAUUAACAACUCUUCAGCCUAGUUUACUCUGAAGGUAAACUAGGGUUAUAUAAUUUUAGAUACACUUGUAAAUACAAACACAUAUAGUUGUUUUACUUCUCAUUUAUUGUGUUUUGACCUCAGAGAACCAAAGAUGUAAAUGGAGAUGUAUAUUAAGUAUGAAGAAAUAGGGAUACCUCUGAGAAAUAUCAGCCAACACAUGAUAUGCAAAAAAAAAAAAAGGGGAAAUUGUGUGGUGAGAAGGUCCAUCAACCCAAAAAUAAUGGCCAUAAAGUGCCAGAUAAUCUAGUUCCAGAUGCAAACCUAAAUAUAAAUUCUGUCUGCAUUUGGUGAAAAUGACAUGCAUUAGGUUGUAAGAAUAUGAACCAAAUAUCAAUUAUCUGCUUGAAGAAGUUGAAUGUGUUUAACUGUUAUAUUAAUAAAUUCAACCUUUACUAUUAUAGAAUGUUGUUUAUAAUAAUUUCUAAAAUGAAUAUUGCUUGAAUUUUAAAAUAUUGAUAAUUAUAUAUAUUAAACCUAGAAGUGAUUUCAGAGAUAAUCUGGUACAAUAUUUUAUAGAUGAAAGACACCAAGGCCCAGGGAAACUAAGUGAUUUUGUUCAAGAUCAUACAGUAGUUAGAAUGACCAGGACUGUUAUGCUGCUAAAUUCAGUUUUCCUUCUGGUACAUACUGCCUGGGAGGGAAUUUCAUUAAUUUUCUUCUAAAACGUAUUCAUGAGAUUUGCAUCCAAUCUCAAUAAUAGUAUCAUUUUAGAAGAAAAUUACUUCAGCGAAAAUAAAUUUUUAUUCAAUUUCAUAAACUAUGCUAAAAUUAUGGGAAAUUUACUUAGAAAUACCAAGAUAAUUUCUGGGGGGAAAAUUACUGAUCAUUAAAAUAUUUUAAUUUGCAUACUACAUUAGUUAAUGAGGAGUGACUUUUGCUCUUCUCAAUCAUUAUUGUGUCACCAUUCAGAAACCUAAUGAGCCAAUUUAUAAUCUCUACAAUUAACAGUAAUAAAACUUACAAGUAAUUAGCUAUUUCGCUACAAUUACUAUCAUUUUUAACUAUCUUACUCAAUGGAAUGAGGUUAUUGCCUUUGUAGCAUUUUCUAAUUAUUUUUUAAUAUUUUAUUUUACUAUUAUUUUUUCAAGGCUAGUCAAGUCAAGCAGUGGGAGUAGAGAAACACCACUGCACUUGGGCCAG